AUGUCACAGACUCCCUUGUCGAUAGUGCUAUGUGGGAGGACUCAAGCAGUUGGUCAGCCAGUGAUGGAUCAUCUGAAGCCAGAGUACAAAGUCGCUCUGUUCGUGACGACCGUUGAGCAGGGCAUUGAGGAGAUUCCGCCUGUCCUUCGUGGAGAUGAUAAGAUCUUCGCAAUUGUCCUGGGUGGUGGGUACAAUGAGACAGCGUAUGAGGCGAUCAGAAAAGCGGCGACCGCCGGCAAUUGCCAGAAGGUCUUCUGGGUCCGUCCAGACAUGACCAAGGGAGGUCCACCACCCGGUGGUCCACCACCUCCGUCCUAUGCGAAAGAGGUUGCUGAGCGGACGAAGAACAAGCUAGAUGAAUUGAGAAGUGGAGGUGCUGAGGAAGGCGACCUUGUGUUCUUCUAA